CACGACAGAAAGGUAAACAACAGGCACUUUACGGCAGUAACUAUGGCUUCUCAGUUCAGCGGCGUGCUGCAGCUGACAGACCUCGAUGAUUUCAUCACUCCUUCACAGGCAUGUGUCAAACCUGUCAAAGUAGAGAAGAAAGAAGGUAAAUCUGUGGCCAAAAUUCAAAUAGAAGAUGACGGCAGUUACGUCCAGGUCAAUCAGGAUGGUGGGAAGCAGAAGCUGGGCAAAGCAAAGAUCACACUGAAUGACUGUUUGGCCUGCAGUGGCUGUAUCACCUCCGCUGAGAGCGUCCUCAUCUCCCAGCAGAGCAACGAGGAGCUUUUUAAAGUGCUGAACAACAACAAGACCGGUGGCGCAGAGCAGAAGGUGGUGGUGGUGUCGGUGUCACCGCAGUCCAGAGCCUCCCUCGCAGCGCGUUAUGACCUCAGCAGCACUGAGGCAGGCAGGAAGCUUACGUGUUUCUUCAAAGGCCUUGGGGUCCAUCAUGUUUUUGACACAAGCUUUAGUCGGACGUUCAGCCUGUUGGAAAGCCAGAGAGAGUUUGUGGAACGUUUCCAGAGGAAGGAGCAGGAUAGUACAUGUCUGCCCAUGAUGACUUCAGCCUGUCCAGGUUGGAUUUGCUACGCAGAGAAGACCCAUGGAGAGUUCGUUCUUCCGUACAUCAGUACCACUCGCUCCCCUCAGCAGAUGAUGGGUUCUCUGGUUAAAGGCUACUUUGCUGAACAACAGGGGCUCAGUCCAGAGCAGAUCUACCAUGUGGCAGUAAUGCCCUGCUUUGACAAGAAACUUGAGGCGUCGAGGUCAGACUUCUACCUGGACAAAUCUCAGUCUCGAGAAGUGGACCUUGUCAUCACCUCUGCUGAGGUUCAGAAAAUACUGGAGGAGAAAAACGUGGCUCUUGGCGAUGUGGAACCUGCCCCUCUUGAUGCAAUGUUCAGCCAUGUGAGUGGGGAUGAGUUCCUGAGCCAUGCUGGGAGUGGGUCAGGGGGUUACCUCCAUCAUGUCUUCACCUAUGCUGCCAAGGAGCUGUUUGGAGAGGAGGUGAAGGAGCUCACAUACAAGACCCUGAGGAAUAAAGACUUCCAGGAAGUGACUAUAGAGAGAGACGGGGUAGUCUUGUUGUGCUUUGCUUCCACAUACGGCUUCCGCAACAUCCAGAACCUGGUGCAGAAACUCAAGAGAGGGAAGUCGCCUUACCACUUUGUAGAAGUUAUGGCCUGUCCAUCAGGUUGUCUAAAUGGUGGUGGACAGGUGAAGCCCUUACCUGGUCAGGACCCAAAGGAGCUUCUCCAGAAGGUUGAGAAGCUCUACAAGGCAGAGCGCCCCCUAACACCAGAGGAGGAUGCUCGUGUGUCCGAGCUUUACCAGUCCUGGCUUCAUAGUGUUGGGGAGGAGAGAGCCAAAGAGCUGCUUCACACACAGUACCACACUGUGCAGAAAAAUAUAAACGGCCUCACUAUGAAGUGGUGAAUCGUGCUUCUGCUACAAUCCGUGAUCAUCAGCAGACAGGAUGUUUGUUGAAGAGUUUUAUUUUUGCUACAGAACCGUCCAAAUAAAUGUGACCAUCUUCUCAGAGAAGAGAGUUAUGGGCAAAGUCAGAUAUGAGCAAGUUUGACGUGUGCCAACGACGUUUCAAGCCACUUCUCUCUCAAAAGUUGUGUGCCUAGUGAGGUGGAAGACCAAGGAGUAGAUUAAAGACACAAAUCUAAAGCCACCAUAUAAUAACAAUACAAUAAUAACACAACAUUUGCCCUUACACUGCUGAUUUAAUUAAUUAGUCUGGCAACUGUUACACUAUGAAAAUGAGAGCUGAAAUAACACAAAGCAUAAUAUAAUCAUUCCUUGUUUAUUUAAACCUAUUAUAUGUUGUGUAUAUUGGAAAAUAAAGACAUUAUUUAAUUGUA